AUGCAGGAUAUUGAACUCACUCACACGCUUCGUCCGCUUGUAGGUGAAGGUUCCUUCGGGAAGGUAUACAAGGGAAGACGCAAGUUCACAGGCCAGACUGUUGCGAUGAAAUUCAUUAUGAAACAUGGGAAAAGUGACAAGGAUAUCCACAAUUUAAGACAAGAAAUUGAGAUUCUAAGGAAGCUGAAGCAUGAAAAUAUCAUUGAAAUGCUUGAUUCCUUUGAAAGCCCACAAGAGUUUUGUGUUGUCAGAGGUGAACUAUUUGAAAUUCUUGAGGAUUAUAAGCACCUUCCAGAAGAACAAGUUCAAGUGAGAGCAUUGCAUUAUCUCCAUUCAAACCGCAUCAUCCACCGUGACAUGAAACCACAAAACAUUCUCAUUGGUGCUGGUUCUAUUGUUAAGCUUUGUGACUUUGGGUUUGCACGAGCAAUGUCCACAAAUACUGUUGUUUUGCGAUCAAUAAAAGGUACUCCCCUGUACAUGGCUCCUGAACUAGUGCGGGAACAACCUUACAACCACACUGCAGAUUUAUGGUCUCUCGGAGUUAUAUUUCAAAAUCUCGAUGGCAAAAGAGCUUUGGAUUUUACUUCCCAGUCAUUGCCAAUAGGUAGAAAGUCACCAGGUGUUGUUGUCGGAGUUCUUGUUCACAUGCUGAGAACAGCUCCGCCCCUGCGCCAAAAUUCAAGUUGUUACUCUUCUCACUCCAUGAAGCCUGAGCAUGAGGAAGGAGUGUCCACAGCUUCCGGUUUCUUUAUGCCUCGAAAGACAUCUGAUGCCCUGGAAGAGCUUAGAAGUUACAGAGAAAUGAAAGACCUAGCCCUUCUAAUCUCAAAGAGUGGAAUGAGGGUGCUCACCAAAGAGGAGGCAUAA